UUAAAAGACAUCAUCAGGUGACACCAAAUCUUUUCCAUUUUCAAAAACAACUGUAUACAUAAAGUCAUAAGAAGAAAAAAAUCACUCGACUUUCACAAACAAUUGUCACAAAAACGAUUUACUUAAUUUUACUCAUCAUGACUUGCAGUAGUUAAGCGUUGAAAAGUACAAAAGUCUAAUCCUUUUACAAGACUUUUGCUUAGGCAAUUGACAGUACGUGCGGAGAUGCCACAGGGGAACUUUUGUUACGAGCACUAUUUACUCAUCGGAUGAUUUUGAAUGUAACACAAAAACAUGGCUCUCCACUGUGGUCGGGCGUGCAGACAAUAUUUACUUCAUCUUGCACAUGAUAAUGUCGAUUUUAGAUUACCGGUACAAACUGUAAACUUUCAGUUCACUCAGACCUUCGUGUCAGAAUGCUAGAAUUAAUCUGUCAGAGUGUAUUUUGGAUUAGAGAGCAGUUCAUUUUACUAUUGUAGAGUAAAGUAUUUAAAUUAGUAGAUAUUCAUAUAUCACUCUUUGAAUUAUUGUUUACAGGAAAUAAAAGCAUUACUGUCUUUAAGGGACCGUCCAUUUGAUACAUCAGAAACAUUCAACGAAAAGUCUCCCUUUUGGCAAUUAAAUGGCUUAUCAGAAGAUGAUAUACGGAGUGUUAUGUCCAGAACGGUUUGUGGAAAAUGAGCUUAGGAUGUCGUUGUUGGAGUAUCCAGCAGAAAAAAUGGCUCCAUAUCUACAAAAAAAUUCUACUUAUAAGAUCAAUGUCUACACUUUCAACAAAACGUUAGUGUUUAAGGACAGAAUCGAAAAGAUUGAUGCUCUAGAUUUCUUGCCGUUUAAAGGGACAGUCAAUCUAAAGGAUCCGGAACAUAUUUUCUGUUUGCUGGAGGAUUAUGGCUCUGAUCCUUAUGACAUCCCAGAGGAGCCUUUCCAUAUGUAUUUUGGCAGAUGGAUUGCAGAUGGACAGAGAGAAUUAAUUCGCUCUUACAGUGUGAAGAAGAGACAUUUCAUCGGGAACACUAGUAUGGACGCUGGCCUCUCCUUCUUUAUGGCCAAUCAUGCCAAAGUAAAGGCUGAUGAUUUGGUUUAUGAUCCAUUUGUUGGAACAGGUAGUCUUCUGGUAGCUUGCUCGCGCUUUGGGGCUUAUGUAUGUGGGACAGACAUUGAUUAUAACACUAUCCAUGGAGUAGGAAAAGCCAGCAGGAAGAAUCAGAAAUGGAGAGGACCGGAUGAGAACAUCCGAGCAAACCUGCGGCAGUAUGGGACUGAGAGUCUGUAUGUGGACGUCAUGGUGUCUGAUGCUUCCAAAACUGUUUGGAGAAAAAAUGCACAGUUUGAUGCCAUUGUUACAGACCCUCCAUAUGGUAUUCGUGAAUCCACAAGGAGAACGGGAUCUCAUAAAGAUAUCAUCAGACCUACUGAGGACUUCUCCGGAGAGAGUCACGUCCCUGUUUCAAUGGCUUACCACCUGAGUGAUAUCUUUGCCGACCUCUUGAAUUUUGCAGCCCUCCACUUGGUUUUAGGUGGACGUCUUGUCUAUUGGCUUCCAAUCUACAGACCUGAGUACUGUGAGGAGAUGGUGCCUCUGCACCCCUGUUUGACUCUCAUCAGCAACUGUGAACAAACUCUGUCCAGCCACACGUCACGAAGACUCCUCACCAUGGAGAAGACCAAGGAGCCCGAGGAUUCAGACGGACUAGCGCACCUUGCUGACCCUCGCUUCACCCUGUACCAGGGUCACAACUCUUUCAGAGAGAAAUACUUCUGUGGUCUCACCAAGAAGAAUGGAAAGGACAGCAAAGCCUCCCCAGGAAAUAAAGAUUAAAACAUGAAAAGAAUGGUUUCAGUUCUAUUUUUAUUUAGAUAUUCAUUUAUUUAAUUUUCUUUUUAUAGCAUCAUUGUAUUUUAAAUGUUUGGGUUGGGGUUUUUUUUCAAUAAAAACCCUUUUAUCAUU